CAACCCUGAGCGUGGAGCCCGCACGCCACCCGGCCGCGCCCAACCCGGGCUCGGACCCCGCACGCCGCCCGUAGCGCCCAACCCCGAGUGUGGACCCCGCACGCCGCCCGCAGCGCCAACCCCCAGCGUGGAGCCCGCACGGCACCCGGCCGCGCCCAACCCGGAUUCGGACCCCGCACGUCUCCCGCAGCGCCCAACCAGGGUCCCUGGGCCCCGCCCGCCGCCCGCAGCGCCCAACUAGGUCCCCGGACCCCGCACAUAGCCCACCACUUCCAACCCGAGGCCUCAACCACGCACAUCACGCAGCCACCCGCAACCCUGGGCCUGAAUCCCGCACACAGCCCGGCAGGCCCCACCCUGAGUCUGCUUCCCGCACACCGACCCGCAGCCCCUACCCCGGGGCCGGAUCCCGCACACCGCCCAGCUGUCUGGUUCCCCGAGCUGGCACCCCGCAGGCCGCCUAGCUGCUCCCACCCCGGGGCCCGGACCACGCAGACCGCCCCGCCCCGCGGUCACCCCCGCGUCCCAUCUCCGCGCGCAUGCAUCCCGCUAGCCCACCGUAUCCUGUUUACCCGAUGAAAUCCAGUGAUCACUAGAUCCCCGGGAAGCUCUGUCACCGCUCGCAGACAAGCAAGCCCGGGCCCCCAGCGCGAGUGCAUCUCCAUCCACGUGGGGCAGGCAGGGGUGCAGAUCAGCAAUGCCUGCUGGGAGCUCUACUGCCUCGAGCACGGCGUCCAGCCCGACGGGCAGAUGCCCAGCGACAAGACCAUCGGCGGUGGGGACGACUCGUUCAACACCUUCUUCAGCGAGACGGGUGCCGGCAAGCACGUCCCCAGGGCUGUCUUCGUGGACCUGGAGCCCACUGUGGUGGACGAAGUGCGCACGGGGACCUACAGGCAGCUCUUCCACCCGGAGCAGCUGAUCACCGGGAAGGAGGACGCAGCCAACAACUACGCCCGGGGCCACUACACCAUCGGCAAGGAGAUCGUGGACCUGGUCCUGGACCGGAUCCGCAAGCUGGUGGACCUGUGGACCGGCCUGCAGGGCUUCCUCAUCUUCCACAGCUUAGGGGGCGGCACGGGCUCCGGCUUCGCCUCCCUGCUCAUGGAGCGGCUCUCGGUGGACUACGGCAAGCAGUCCAAGCUGGAGUUCACCAUAUACCCGGCGCCCCAAGUCUCCACGGCCGUGGUGGAGCCCUACAACUCCAUCCUGACCACCCACACCACCCUGGAGCACUCGGACUGCGCCUUCACGGUGGACAACGAGGCCAUCUACGACAUCUGCCGCCGCAACCUGGACAUCGAGCGGCCCACCUACACCAACCUCAACCGCCUCAUCGGGCAGAUCGUGUCAUCCAUCACGGCCUCCCUGCGCUUCGACGGGGCCCUCAACGUGGACCUGACCGAGUUCCAGACCACCCUGGUGCCGUACCCCGCGUCCACUUCCCCCUGGCCACCUACGCGCCGGUCAUCUCCGCCGAGAAGGCCUCCCACGAGCAGCUGUCCAUGGCAGAGAUCUCCAACACCUGCUUCUAGUACGACCCUCACCACGGCACGUACAUGGCCUGCUGCGUGCUGUACCGGGGGGACGUGGUCCCCAAGGACGUCGACGCGGCCAUCGCCACCAAGACCAAGCGCACCAUCCAGUCCGUGGACUGGUGCCCGACCGGGUUCAAGGUAGGAGCCGGGGGAGGGUGGCGUGUUGCCGGGCAGGGGGCGACUCGCCUGCAAGGUCGUGCCGUCCCCGGGGGCCGGGCCUCUUCAGGGAUGGUCUGCCCCGUCUUUCAGGCUCCUGGU